GGCAAGACGUUCGCUGCGUUCGACUUCGGCGAAGAACGGCAGCACGAAAUAUGGAGAGUUCAAGAGAUUUGGCGGUGGGGACAGUGGCUGUGGGCCCUACUUGUCAGAUUCAUGAAACCUUACAUUGAACCCAUUCACAUCAAGAAAUAUGCUGGAAAACGAGUUGGUAUUGAUGCAUAUUCAUGGCUUCACAAAGGAGCAUAUUCUUGUAGUAUGGAGCUGUGUUUAAACUCAGAUGGUGAGAAGAAAUUGAGAUACAUUGAUUACUUUAUGCAUAGAAUCAAUUUACUUCGACAUCAUAAGAUAACUCCAGUGGUUGUUUUUGAUGGUGGUAAUGUACCUUGUAAAUCUACAACUGAGCAAGACCGCCAUAGGAGAAGAAUAAGUAAUCGCGAAAUAGCAAUGGCAAAGCUUAAAGAAGGCAAUGUUAGUGCAGCUACUGAGUUCUUUCAGCUUUCGAUUCUGGGUAAUUUCAGCAAGCAGGACCUUUUUCCCAGCAAAUGUUUGUUGCCCCUACUCAAUUAUGGAAUAAACAAUUGAAAAUUUUCAGAUUUUGAUUUGUAGCUCACUUUUCUGAUGAGUGGC